AGGCCACGAAGAUAAUUCAGAGUCCGGAGCAUCUGUCUUCAUGAGGAGAGACUGCGGGUGCUGGGCCUGUUCAUUCUGGAGAGCAGAGGACUGAGAGGGGAUCUCAUUAAUGCAUAUAUCACAGGUGGAUUACAGGAGGCUAGCCUGUUCAGUGAUGCCCAGCAAAAGGACGAGGAGCAGUGGCCAUAAACUAGAAACCAAAAGUUUCACCUCAAUGUGAGAAACAACUUUACAUUAAGGAUAGCAGAAAAGUGGAACAUGCUGUGCAGGCAUCUUAUGGAGUUUCACUCUCUGGAGACAAUGAAAACCCACCUGGAUACAUUCCUGUGUCACAACCAGGAGGGUUGUACUACAUGAUCUUCAGAGGUGCCUUCCAACCCCAACAUUCUGUGAUUCUCUGAAAUCACUAUAGACAAUUGCAGUCAUUGUACAUCUAGUAUACCAGGCCCCAUUGUAUUAUAGUGAUGUUUGAAUUGUUCCUCUCUCAAUACCUGUUUCUAAGAUGAAAUCUGUUAUUUAAACCACACAUCAAGCAUCCUCCUUUGCUGAAAAUUUUGCCACUGCAGAAUAAACUUAACUUUGUAACGUGCAGCCUGAGAAGGAGCAAAGCACUGACUGAAGCUAACAGGCAAAAGAAGAAGAGCUGAAGAAAGAUUAUCUCUGCUUGCAGAAUAUUUUGGAACUAGUUCUUCUUUAACAAGUUAUUGGAGAUGUCAGCACCUCUGGAAUGCUGUAAAGGCAGUCAUGUUCAGAUGUAAUCAAAUACAGUGUUACGAGCUGCUGAUUGAUGAGCUUAUAUUGCUACUUCUGCAUUUACAAUUGAGAAAGGAUGUUGAUCAUAAAAAGUUUGCAAUGGCAAUGCUCUGGAAAUUCAUGAGAGUAGCUAAGUAUUCUAAAACAGCUUUAUCAUCAAAAGUAAAGGUAAGAGGAAUUCCCACCCAUUCAAGACAUUCUUCAUCCAAGUCUGUACCUUCAGAUUUUGCUGCCACGUCACCCUGCUCAAAUACUGUGGAACUGCUUGGUAAAUCUUAUCCUCAAGAUGACUACAGCAAUGUCACAGACAAGAUUCUUUCCAAGGUGGGGAAGAACUUGCACAACAGAAAACAUCACCCUUUGUGGCUAAUCAAGGAGCAGGUGAAGGAGCACUUCUACAAACAUUACCUAGGACGCCGUGGGACUCCACUCUUUUCUGUGUACGAUGGUCUUUCUCCGGUGGUUACAGUCCAGCAGAAUUUUGAUAGUUUACUUAUCCCACAAAACCAUGCCAGCAGAAGGAAAGAGGAUAACUAUUACUUGAAUCGAGACCAUAUGCUAAGAGCACAUACAUCAGCUCAUCAGUGGGACUUGAUACACUCUGGCCUAGAUGCCUUUCUGGCAGUGGGAGAUGUCUACCGCCGAGACACGAUUGAUAACACCCACUACCCUGUCUUCCAUCAGAUGGAGGGAGUGCGCCUCUUCUCCUGCCAUGAGUUGUUCUCCAGCAUUAAAGAUGGUGAAGGUUUACAGCUGUUUGAGCAAGGCCAUCGCACUGCACACAAGCAGGAGUGUCACACCGUGGAGGCCGUGAGGCUGGUGGAGUUCAACCUGAAGCAAGUGCUCACGAAGCUCAUGACUCACAUCUUUGGUGACGGACUGCAAGUCAGAUGGGUAGAUUGCUACUUCCCAUUUACUCACCCUUCCUUUGAGAUGGAGAUCAACUUCCAAGGAGAAUGGAUGGAGGUCCUGGGCUGCGGGGUCAUGGAGCAGCAGCUUGUUAACUCAGCUGGUGCUCAGGAUAAAAUUGGCUGGGCAUUUGGCUUGGGUUUGGAGAGGCUGGCCAUGAUCUUGUACGAUAUCCCUGACAUCCGACUGUUCUGGAGUGAAGAUGAACGCUUCUUGAAACAAUUUAUUGGGCCUCACAUUUGGCAAAAAAUAAAGUUCCAGCCACUCAGCCGAUAUCCGCCUUUGAUCAAUGACAUUUCCUUCUGGCUGCCCUCUGAGACAUACUCUCAGAAUGAUUUCUAUGAUUUGGUUCGAACCAUUGGUGGAGACUUGAUAGAAAAGGUUGUCCUACUGGAUGAAUUUGCCCAUCCAAAGACGAAGAAGGUCAGCCACUGCUACCGUAUCAUUUACCGGCACCCGGAGAGGACGCUAACGCAGGACGAGGUGCAUCACAUCCAUCAGGCUAUUGAGGAGUCAGCAGUUCGGGAGCUUGGGGUGGAGGGCAGGUUCUAGCAAUGUUGCUCUGGAGCCCCAAGGACAGUUACUUUUUUCCUUUCUUUCUUUUUUUUCCCCUUUUUUUUCUUUCUUUUUUUUUCUUCUUUCUUCUUUUCUUGGGGGUGGUUUUUGGUCACAAGUAGAGAGAUGGGUUUUGUGACUGAGCACAGAAAGCAAUUGAUGAAUGUCCAAUGGUAAAACUGGCAGGUAAUAAACAUUACUACUGAGAAAUCA